ACAGACGCAGACACAGACACAGACAAGUCGACAACCUCCGCCCUCACUGCUGCUUCACCGCAUUCAAACCUUUUUACCCCACAGCCUGCCAAAUUUUCCACACCUUACCUUUCCACCACUACCGCGUACUGCAGCUCCUGGGCAGUUAUUCCCACUGACCCCUGGAGCUUCUGAUUUGUUUUCUACUGCUCCCGACUCCUACUCACUCAGUUCCAAACUCCCCUUUCCAACACCCUCUACUCAACAUCUACCUACCUACCUAUCCCCCUCGCCAUCACCUUUAUCCCCCCCCAACCACCCCCGCGCUUCGAACCCACCAUGCCCUGCUUCCUGGGCCUCGCGGUGAGCAUUCACACGCCAACCGGUCCCCUGCCCGAAUAUUCAAUCCAGAAACAAUCCAAGUUUCACAGGAUCAAUUCCUACAUCCCCGUGCCGCCUUCCACAACACCCCCCGGCGGAGGGAAACCGGAACAAUCCACCUUCGCCAUCUCCAUAACCCUACUCACACCAGGUCUACACGUUCCAUAUUCAACGCCCAAAGCCACGAGCGAAGACCCUCAUCCCCGCCCGAAGAUCGUCGGUGGUCUACCUGGUCUCGGCAAUGAGCGAGGCAAGAACGGACCAGUCAUCUCGCCCUACAAGCCAUUGACCACAUCCCCCAACGAGACCAUUGCUGCAUACAUCUACUUUGACGGUAGAGCCAAGGAAGAGGUUGCGACGCUCCUCCGCCGCGGAGAGGAGACUUGGGUCAACUCACGAUGGGUGAGCGUACCGGAAUCCGAGGGUGGGGGCCUGGCUGAACGAGAGUUCCUCUUCCGUGAGGUUGGCCUCGAACGCUGGGUUCAAGGGCUUGACCUGGAGGGAACCGAUGUGGCCGCUAGAAUAGAGCGAAGGAAACAAAGAUUGGAAAAGAAGAGGAGGAAACGACGUGAGGCUAGGGGCAGCGAUGACGACGAUGAGAAGGAAAAGCCGUCCAAGACCGAUGUCUUGAGAUAUGGCGAUAACAAAGACGCGCCCGUGGAAUCGCUUUCAAACAAUGAGGACUUCUUCACGUCAGACUCUGACUCGGAGGAUGAACCGCCGCAGCCAGAGGCGGCUGGCCAGAUCAAGGUCGCACUAUUCCGCGUGCUUGCAUCUGGCGAGAUCAAGCGUGGAGAAUACUCCCCUCAAUUUGACGCUCACGACGAUGACGAAGGCACGACAGAAGAAGGCGAUAAUGUGGACCAUACCACUACCUUUGCCAAACCUAAAACCCUCGACCCAAAAUCGAUCAGCACCCAAACGGUCACGGGAAUUGACCCGCCAGAUAAGCCAUAUGCAGUCUUCACGUUCCUGUAUCGGGGGCCAGAAAAAUUGGUCAAGAUGGGUAUCCUUCCCCCCGAGCACGCUCCCGUGACGCAACAAAAGAAUCGACGGAAAUCGGCAGGUCUCAACUUUGGGGAUUUGAAGCCCCUCAACGCCAACUCCGGCACUAAGAAUUUUGGUGGUUACCGCGAUCCUACGGUGCAAUCCCCCAAAGCAAAGAAAAAGGGCCCGGACGAUAUGGACAGCGAUGCAGACGACGAUGACGACGACAAGGCCAAAGGCGGCGACGCCGACGAAGACAAGGAAGUCAACAAGGACUUGCUCUCACCAGAGGAUGCUUUGCGACAAGGCGAGUUGGCAGAGGGCGUCAGAAAAAUAAAGCUCAAACGCCAACACUCUGCCGAACCUCUGAACCGGUCUAGUUCAACACCGACAGCCCAAGGCACGUCUGGAUCCGGCAGCCCAAUUUCUGGCGCGCCGAUAUCGAACAUAGGCACAAAUGCAGAGUCGUCAGCUGCAAAAUCAUCCGUUCCCAGUGACAUGACGACCGCGGGCACUGUAGGGUCACCAUUCAAGAAACACCGUGCCAGUCUGCCCGGAUUCGACGAAGGAGUACGCCGAAGCCUCGGAUCAGCGCUCGCGGGUACCAAGGAGCGAGGGAACUCUGAGGGCAGCAUCCCAGCAGUGACGGUGGAAACCAAGAUGGAGGACGAGGAUGAAUUGUGACUAUGGGAUUUACGGAUGCAGAGCGCAUUGGGCUAGAUGCCAGGACUGAACGACACUCAUGACCGAGAGGAUUUUGCUAUUUUGUUACUUGUCAAUACCCAUGGUUACCUAAGUAAGCACAU